UGUCAUAUAUAUAGAACAAACAUAACAGCUCAUGAGGAACCUUUGCUAAAGAAGGGUUAAAAGAAGCAUUGAGGCUCCUUUCCUAAGCAAUUUUAGAAUUCGAACCACCUUUCCUUCAAGCACUUCCGGGUCAUCUCCAUAGGAAAGGAAAUUCAAAAAUUAAAAAAAGAGAAUUUGUAGAGGCUCCUGGUGUCCGUCCGAGGCAUCUGGAUCAAACAUUAAAACUUUCAGACCUAGUUCUUUUCGACCGCUCGUAUUUUGUAUUCUAUUGUGGGUUUUUAUCCACAACAGUAUCCAUAAUAAACAUGUCACCGUGCGGCCCAACUUUGGAAGAACAGCUUUCGUCCAUAAUGGAUGUACUGGCGAAAGGUGCUGUAUCUGAGAUUAGCCAACUGUUCUUGGAAGGCUCGGCUACGAUUCGCUUGCAAUUAACUCGGAGCAUGAAAGAAAACCAAGCGCUGAGGAGGAGGAUGAAGGUGAUGAAGAGUAAAAUGUUUUCUUUGCGGCUUCAAACGAGAUCAUAUGCAUCGUGUGCAGCCAGACAUUUUGCCCUGGCUCGAGCCAUCGUCUGCAAACCACAGACUAAACCACUGGGAAAUGAAGACUGCGAUGACUGUGGAGACCGCAGCACACAGCGCGGUGCCCCCUCAGAUGGUCUGCAUGUGGACGCCCCUGGCUCCUCCCACAUGUCCAGUCACAGCGAGGAGCUGAGGAUCCUGAGCGUCCACGGAAAAGGGGAGGGCCCACUGGCGCUGCACAGCCAUGACGACCUCUUCACUGCGUCCGAACCAGAGGCUCUGAGCUCGCUGUCCACGGAACACGGCGUGGUCAAGAGCCUGGAGCGCGGCGAGCAGCUGGUCCCCCGCGAGGAGCUGACUGGGCAGCAGCAGACCCCAGACACCAUUUUAAUCAAGGAUGAAGAGGAUAUUGGUGGAGGCAUGCCCGCUGUAGAAGACUGCGAUGACUUUGGAGACCGCCGCACACAGCGCGACACCACCUCAGAGAGUCUUUACGCCCCUGGCUCCUCCCACAUCUCCAGUCACAGCGAGAAGCUGAGGAUCCUGAGCGUCCACGGAAAAGGGGAGGGCCCACUGGUGCUGGACGGCCAUGACACACUCUUCACCGCAUCCAGACGGGAGGCCUUGAACUCACUGUCUGCAGACCUCAAUGUGGUCAAGAGCCUGGAGCGCGGCGAGCAGCUGGUCCACCGUGAGGAGCUGACUGUGCAGCAACAGACCCCAGACACCAUUUUAAUCAAGGAUGAAGAGGAUAUUGGUGGAGGCAUGCCUGCUGUAGAAGACUGCGAUGACUGUGGAGACCGCAGUACACAGCGCGGCCCCACCUCAGAUGGUCUGCAUGUGGACGCCCCUGGCUCCUCCCACAUGUCCAGUCACAGCGAGGAGCUGAGGAUCCUGAGCGUCCACGGAAAAGGGGAGGGCCCACUGGCGCUGCACGGCCAUGACGCCCUCUUCACCGCGUCCAAACAGGAGGCUCCGAGCUCGCUGUCCACGGAACACCGCGUGGUCAAGAGCCUGGAGCGCGGCGAACGGCUGGUCCACUGCGAGGAGCUGACCGUGCAGCAGACCCCAGACACCAUUUUAACCAAGGAUGAAGAGGAUAUUGGUGGAGGCAUGCCCGCUGUAGAACACUGCGAUGUCUUUGGAAACCGCAGCACACCGCGCGACACCACCUCAGAGAGUCUUUACGCCCCUGGCUCCUCCCACAUGUCCAGUCACAGCGAGGAGCUGAGGAUCCUGAGCGUCUAUGGAAAAGGGGAGGGCCCACUGGCGCUCGACGGAUAUGACACACUCUUUACCGCGUCCAAACGGGAGGCCAAGAACUCGCUGUCUGCAGACCACAGCGUGGACAAGGGCCUUGAGUGCGGCGAGCAGCUGGUCCGCCACGAGGAGCUGACUGUGCAGCAGCAGACCACAGACACCAUUUUAAUCAAGGAUGAAGAGGAUAUUGGUGGAGGCAUGCCCGCUGUAGAAGACUGCGUUGACUUUGGUGACUGCAGCACACAACAUGACGCCACCUUGAAUAGUCUACAUGUGGACGCCUCUGGCUCUUCCCACAUGUCAAGUCACAACGGAGAGCUGCGGAUCCUGAGUGUCUAUGGAAAAGGGGAAGAACCACUGGCGGUUGAUGGCCAUGACAACCUCUUCACCGCGUUUGAACCGGAGGCUCUGAGCUUGCUGUCCGCAGAACGCAGCGUGGCAAAGAGCCUGGAGCGGGGAGAGCAGCUGGUCCACCGUGAGGAGCUGACCGGGCAUCGGGGCAGCGGCAAGGACCGGCCCGGUGUGUUGUCUGUUGAGGGUUUUCCAGAAAAUACCAAUAUGACCAUCCACAUGCGUACCCACACCGGCGAGAAGCCGUACGGGUGCGACCAAUGCACAAAGCGCUUCCAAAUGAAAGGCAGCCUGAAGAUCCACCUGAGGACUCACUCCGGGGAGAAGCCCUACAGUUGUGAGCAAUGUGUGAAGCGCUUCAAUCAGAGCUCCGACCUGAAGGUUCACAUGUGGACUCACUCCAGGGAGAAGCCCUACAGGUGUGACCAAUGCGUGAAGAGCUUCACUAAGAGCUCCAACCUGAAGAUCCACAUGAGGACUCACUCCGGGGAGAAGCCCUACAGGUGUGACCAAUGCAUGAAGAGCUUCGGGCGGUGCUCCAGCCUGAAGUGCCACAUGAGGACUCACUCAAGGGAGAAGCCCUACAGGUGUGACCAUUGCGUGAGGUGCUUCAGUCAUAGCUCCGACCUGAAGAUCCACAUGAAGACUCACUCCGGGGAGAAGCGCUACAGGUGUGACCAAUGCAUGAAGUGCUUCGGACAGAGCUCUCACCUGAAGAACCAUAUGAGGAUACACUCUGGGGAGAAGCCUUACAGGUGUGACCAAUGUGUGAAGAGCUUCAGUCAGAGCUCCAGCCUGAAGUCCCACCUGAGGACUCACUCCGGGGAGAAGCCCUACAGGUGUAACCAAUGCGUGAAGCGCUUCAGUCAUAGUUCCGACCUGAAGAUCCACAUGAGGACUCACUCCGGGGAGAAGCCCUACAGGUGUGACCAAUGCAUGAAGUGCUUCGGACAGAGCUCUCACCUGAAGAGCCACAUGAGGACUCACUCUGGGGAGAAGCCCUGAAGGUGCAACGCCAGCCUCAGCGACCCUAGCAAUUUGCGUUGGCACAUGCUGAAGCCCAGAGGCAAUUGGGUGCUUUGACACAGGUAAAGGGACGUUUUGAUUGAAACCUCUAUCCUGUAUUCGUUGAAAUGACUGCUGUAGAUUUUCCUUUCUUCAUGAUUAUAGAUGCUCUCCAACUUUU